AUGACUCCAUGUUUGUCCCGUCGUGGUGCCCUUGCUGACAAGUCUGGCUGGCACACUCACGGUCCGAACCAGCUCGAGCAGCCAUGGCAGUCGACUGGGAUCAGCCUCCUAGCAUCGACACCAUGGCCCGCGUUGUACCACCACGUUCACCUUGCCGUCCAUUGCAGCGGUGGUGGGAUGGCUCUUGUGACCCACCACGAAUGCAUCGUCAAGUGCUGGACGGAUGGGGACAACGGCCAUCAGGACAACGUCUUGAGUGAACGUGGUCGGAUCCGGCCACUCGGCCGGUCUCCAGUCUCGACAAAGGAGACCCUGACUUGCUGA